AUGCGGAGUCUCCUGAAGCGUUCGUCACGCUUCUCGACUGGACUGGUGCGCCCUUCUCGGUGCUUGUCAUCCCUCACGAACGAUCUGAAGCCUCGUGAAUUUCUAGAAGAUCAUCCUCGUCUUCGUAUUGCCCUUGUAGGCCGCACCAAUGUAGGUAAGAGCACGCUCUUUAAUCGUCUGACAAAGACACGCUCGGCUAUCGUACAUAACGUCCCAGGGACGACGCGUGACCGUCGCUAUGCCCGUUCUACCGUCGCUGGAUUAGAUCUGGAUGUGAUAGACACUGGAGGACUAGAAGACGCGCCUUCCGGGACCUUAGAGGAAGGAAUGCUGGAACAGACAAGACUUGCCGUGCAUGAGGCUGAUCUUGUCUUUUUUUUAGUGGACGGACGACAGGGCAUUACGCCUGUGGAUACACAUUUUGCUCGUUGGUUGCGUCGAGAGAAUCCCAAAGCAUCAGUUCAUCUGGUAGCUAAUAAAUUGGAGGGUGAUCCAGAGCGUUGGGAGACCGAACUUAAUGACUGCUACGAGUUGGGAAUGGGAGGAGCCAUUCCAUUGUCAGCAGAGCACGGGGAAGGAAUUACAUUGUUACUUGAUGAGGUUAUUCCAAUGUAUGAGAAAUUUGAGAAGGAGAAACAUCACAAGGAGGCACAAGGGAAAGAGGAGGAUGUAGAACCGGAAAAGGACGAUCCUCGUACGAUUAAGCUUGCUAUUGUCGGUCGCCCUAAUGUAGGCAAGUCCACGUUGCUCAACAAGAUUGUGCGCAACGACCGUGUUCUCACAGGCCCCGAGCCUGGAGUGACGCGCGAUUCGGUAGAAGUGCCGUGGACAUUCCACGGACGACCCAUUAAGCUCGUGGAUACGGCAGGUAUUCGGCGGUACAGCAAGCGUGAUCAUGACGAUCAGAUUGAAAACCUGUCAGUGCGCGAUGCCUUUCGUGCAAUUGAUUCGGCUCAGGUUGUAGUCGUUGUCGUAGAUAUGAGCGAGCCCAAGCUUAUUCACAUGGACCUGACCAUCGCACAGCGCGUGAUCGAAGAGGGCCGUGCACUGGUACUUGCAGCCAACAAGAGCGACCUUGCUGGUGCUAGCGUUGACUUUGAGUUGCAGCGUAUUCAGAACGAGUUGCAGGAUUCGCUUGCACAGGUACGAGGUGUGCCUGUGGUUCCCAUCUCGGCGCUCACGGGCAAUGGUAUAAAGAAACUGGUGCCUGAAGUACUAAAGGCGUAUGAGAGAUGGGACCUUCGCGUUACCACGGGCCGCUUAAACCGAUGGCUUAAAGCCAUGGCACGGCAUCACCCGCCUCCAACGGUCAAGGGCAAGACGCUAAACGUCAAGUACGCGACACAAGUGAAGUCCCGUCCGCCCACUUUUGCAGUGUUCGUUAGCAAACCGUCCGAUGUGCCUGAGGCAUAUCAGCGGUUUCUACUGAGCCAACUUCGUGAAGAGUUUGAUAUGGUCGGCGUGCCCGCUCGUUUACUGCUGCGUGGCAGCAAGGAAAACCCGUUCGAGAAGCGUAAAAAAUUCCAGCAGCGCACCAGCAGCGUCUUAUAUGGCAAACAGCGUCACAUCCAAAAGUCGGACAAGAAGUCGACGACUGCUACUUUGUCCGUGUCAAAAAGUGGGAAAAAAUCGGCCUUGACUAGAAAGCAGAAGACUGGUCACUUUACUCCUCGUCGCUUCAAGGGAAAGAAGUAA